UGAAACCUUCUGUUUACUCACAACGUUCGACGAUGAAGUACUGCACUCCAGAAGCAUACGUGGUGCACAUAAUUCUCAUAAUUGCGGCAACGUCUUUCCGUCUUGAAGCGAACGCCAGCGAAGCAGUUUCUCAAAAGCGGAAAACUGACAGUGACACAAUUCUUCCUAUUGUAAAGGUAUUCAACACAACUCAGAGAUUAUGGUUGUAUUGGAAAAAUUACACGGACGAUUAUGAAUUACCGGAGGACUUCAAGGAUGUCAAGAUGGAAAGCUUUGACCUGACACAGAAUUGUACAUUUAUUAAGAAGUAUAAUAUAACCGAGUAUGACUUUCACUACUGGUGGAGUACACUGGUGGGGGGCGACAUGGUGAGGAGCCACUACCACGGAAACUUUUCCUCACAAGGUGGUGGGGGUCUCGGGUCUAUGCUGGUGUCGGACCUUUCAGGUGGUGAAAAUGAAACAGGACCUUUCGUAAACAUGACACUCAUGUACUGGGAAAAAAACUGCAGCGUGUUUUUUGUUACGGAUAUGAAUGAGGACGCUCAGACAGGAUGCGAGCUAUACGUCCGCAACAAAGCAAUAAAAGAAGGGGCUGUACCACCACAGAAUUGUACCAAGUAUUACAAGGAGCACUGCAAGAACACGACUGCUGUGUACGACCCUACGUGUGAAACCCAAGUAGCGGACGCUUAUGAAGAGUUAAAGGGCCUAAUAGACACACGCAAUGAAUGAGUCCUUUGACAUGGUAUGCGCUCAUGUCCACAAAGAGCUUUUAAUUUGUACGAGAUGCGACAGUUGUCAAUCUUGUGAAAUAAACAGCGUUAAAAAGGUUAUCGAGUA